AUGUCCUCUUGGAAACUGAGGAAAUUGGAAGAGCAAAUCACUUGCUCGGUUUGCCUUGGGUUUUAUACUGAUCCUAAAACCCUCCCCUGCCUUCACUGUUUCUGCUUGUCUUGUCUGGAGGGUGUUUCUUCAACCAGUCUAGAGGGUCUAGUCAUAACAUGUCCACAAUGUCGUUCUCGUUCUCUGGUACCACUAGUGGGAGGGAUUGGGAGCUUCUCUGAUGCAUAUCACAUAAGCAACCUCAAGAAAAUACACAGUCUAUUGUCCCUCAAGUCAGAGACAGGAGGAUCAAUAAGAUGCAGCGAGUGCUCUCAAGUAGUGAAUGAGAGUAAGGAUUCUCGUCACUGCAGCCAUUGUUGCUCAUUUCUUUGUGAGGCCUGUGCCAUUGAGCAUGAGAGCACACCUUCUUACUCUCACCAUGAGCUAACCCCGUGCAAUGAUAUUGAAGCAUUUGAGCAUCAACUCUUCCCUUUAAGCCACAGUGGGAGUGAGCCCGAGGGAGAAGACGACACUAUGUGCUCUACACACAAUAAACCAUUGAGUCUUUAUUGUGAUGACUGCUCAGUGUACGUCUGUGAAGACUGCACUGGGAUGGAUGGAGGGACCCAUAGGUCCCAUCGAUGUGAGAGUAUCUUGGAAAGCUACAGCAGUACCUGUCAGCAGCUGGCGGCCUCCUUUAAUCCUCUUAAAAGCAGUUUGGCCAAAACUCGUCGAUUGGUCUCUGGAGAUGAAGAGAAAGAAAUAAAGGAGCAGGCAGAGAACACAACAGAAGAAAUACACUCUAUGGUGGAAGGGCUGAUAUCCUUGCUACGCCAGUCAGAAGAGAUGAUGAAGAAACGUGUGGAAGGUAUCAUAGAAAACAAACUCAAAGUUAUUUCGGAGCAGAAGAAGGUAGCCCAAGAGAAUCUCACUCAACUUGAGGAGUGCCAAGAGUAUGUUGAGUCUGCUAUAGCUGCCAACAGUCCUGAUAAAGUGUUGGUCACUAACAAACCAAUGAAAAAUCGUAUUGAUGAGGUUAGGCAAGAGGUUACUUCUAAAAAUCUAUGUCACUGUCUAGAGGCCACAGAUAUCCAGUUCUUUCCUAGAGCUGAUGCACUGAGGGAGUCUGUUUCUUAUUUAGGGGACAUCGUUUUCUCAUCUCAUCAAAUGCUCUCCGAUUGUCGUGUGCAAAUCAAAACGGAUCAAUUAGAGCGAAAUGAGUCUCAGUUUAUGUUUACGUUUUCCUUUGAGUAUCGAGACUUGGGACACAUUUCUGUCCCACUGUCGGCCAUAGAGUGCACUGUGACAGAACUGAUGAAUAAUGAAGAGAUUGGAGCUGUAAUAUCGAACAUUGUUACUCCAGGCCUUUAUAGAGUCCUUACUUCCUCUGCAAGAGGUCGAUUAAGAGUAAAUAUAGAAGUAUGUGGCAUUGAAUUUGAAGAGGUCACAGUUGUCGUACCUUUCAAUCCAUUCUAUGAUUCACAAGCUCCAGUAGAAGUUAUUAAUCACUUGAUAGAACCGAAUGGCAUCACAUUCACAACUGAUGGCCAUAUUGUUAUAUCCGAGAACAGCGGGUACUGCCUGAAGGUAUUCAACUCAAAGAGAGAGCUCGUCAAGUCCAUUGGAAACAAUGAAGAAGAUGUAGAGACAUUCUUGCAUCCACGCGGCCUCUUCUCUUUGCCUGAUAAUAGCUUCCUUGUCCUUGAUGACCAUAAGAUCAGGAAAAUGACUCUCGAAGGAGAGUGUCUUGCUCGUGUCGGUCAUGAAGGACAGGGUCCGCUGGAGUUUAGCUACCCUGGAGGCGUUACCGUGUCCCCUAAUACUGGCAAGAUAUGGAUCACUGAUUACUUGAAUGACAGAGUACAAGUAUUGAAUCCAGACUUCACUCUGGCAUUCAUCAUUGGCGGUACNCAUGGUUCUGGAAAUGGAGAGUUUGACGGUCCAACUUGUGUUGCUAUUGAUUCUUACGGUACAGCAUAUGUUGUUGAUGCUAAUAACGAUCGUGUUCAAUUGUUCAAGGAAGAAGACGGUAGCUAUGUCUCUCAGUUUGGCAGUACUGGAAUUCGUCAAGGAUUGCUCUGUAGACCAGUCAGGCUGAUAUUAGUAGACAAUAAAUUCCUUUACAUUACUGAAGCUGGAGCUGGCCGAGUCUCUGUUUUUAACACUCGGGGAGAGUUCAUCCAUUACUUUAAGUAUGGUGAGGAAGAUAGUUUGAUGCAUAGGCCAUAUGGACUAGAGAUUGAUAGAGAUGGAUUCUUAUACGUAUGCGAUUCUGGCAAUGGAAAAGUCUUAGUAUAUUAG